AUGUCUUCCGCGGAUAGAAACGACUUACCGGGUGAAACAGAGGGAGGUGGAGCUGGGGGAGGAGGGACCGGGGGAGGUGGAUCUGCGGAAAGCGGAUUGCAGCAGGCGGAGGGGAGCGCCCACGCAGGGUCGGCGGAAUCGCAAGGGGAAGGGAAUGCGCUGUCGUGCCAGGCGGAAGCGCAGCAGCAAGGGGAGGGGGGAGGGCGGAAGAAACCGAUGGUUGUGAUUGUGGUGGGCAUGGCAGGCAGUGGCAAAACGACUCUCAUGCAGCGCCUAGACGCACACAUUCACGGCAGCGACACCUCUCAUUACCUCAAACGCCUCGACCCGGCUGUGUCCUCCGUGCUCCCCUUUGUGCUCCCCUCCCUUCCCCCAUCCUUCCAACACCAGGCAGUGGGAAAACCACAUAGAUGCAGCGCCUAUACGCGCACAUGCACGGCAGAAAAAUCGCUCACUACCUCAUCAACCUGGACCCGGCUGUGCCCUCCGUGCCCCCCUCUUCCCUCCUCUGCCCUCCUCUGCCCUCCUAUGCCCCCCUCUCGAAUCCCAUCAGGCAGAGGCAAAACGACUCUCAUGCAGCGUCUGUACGCGCACAUGCACGGCAGCAAGAUAGCCCACUACCUCAUCAACCUCCACCCUGCCGUGCCCUCCCGCUUAUAUGCGCACAUGCACGGCAGCAAGAUAGCCCACUACCUCAUCAACCUCGACCCGGCUGUGCCCUCCGUGCCCUACCUGGCCAACAUCGACAUUCGAGACACGGUGAAUUACAAGAACGUGAUGAAGGAGUAUGGGCUGGGACCCAAUGGGGCCAUUUUAACCUCACUGAACCUGUUUACGACCAAGAUUGACGAGGUUAUCACACUCGUGGAGCGCCGAGCCGACACGCUCGACUACGUUUUCAUCGACACGCCCGGGCAGAUCGAAAUUUUCACCUGGUCAGCAUCAGGAGCAAUCAUUACCGAAGCCUUCGCCUCCACGUUUCCCACGGCCGUUUGUUUUGUAGUGGACACACCCCGGGCGGCAAAUCCUGGCACCUUUAUAAGCAGCAUGCUGUACGCGUGUGGGAUUCUGUACAAGACUCGGUUACCGCUGCUGCUGGCGUUUAACAAGACUGACGUCGCACGGCACGACUUUGCAGUUGAGUGGAUGCGGGACUUUGAAGCCUUUCAAGCAGCAGUGGAUCGAGAUCCUUCCUACGCCGCCUCGCUCUCCCGCUCCCUCUGCCUCGCCUUGGACGAGUUUUACUCCAACCUGCACGCCGUUGGAGUCUCAGCUGUCACAGGAGGGGGUAUUAAUGAGUUUUUCACCGCUGUAGAGGCGGCCAGAAAAGAGUACAUGGAAGGCUACAGCUCACUCAAGCGCCAGUUCAAGCUGCUAGCCAAUGGCGAGUACAAGCGGUGGUGGGCAGGCAAGAUGUGCUCUCUCAAGCGCCGGUUCAAGCUGCUAGCGAAUGGCGAGUACAAGCGGUGGUGGGUUGGCAAGAUGUCACUCAAGCGCCGGUUCAAGCUGCUAGCCAAUGGCGAGUACAAGCGGUGGCGGGCAGGCAAGAGGCAUAACGCGAGCACCAAGACCAAGAAGCAGAGGAGGCAGUUGCGGCAGCCAUCAGUGGUGCCUCCAGGGCUGAAGCAGCCCAUGCGGUACCUUGGCUUUAAGAGGUAG